GCAAUGACUUUUAGCUCUGUUUAUACUCUUCCCCCCUCCAUUGCCCUCUCACCAUCAGCAUCUCCCUCAUGGAAAAAUACUAGUGGUCGAAACCCUUCCAGAAAAUGUGAAAACACAAGUGGUUUGUUCUCUUUCAGGACUCUCAGAGGCCUUUCGCCCAGGGCCCGUAUCAGUCACCACAGACGCUCCCCGCCGACAGGGCCCCCCGUUUGAAAGUCCUGGGAUCUGGCACUAAAAAAGGGAAAAUGCUGAAUCUAACGACGGGAGCAACAGAGGGGAUACCGCUGGAUUGUCGCAAGUUUGGGAACCACGGCUUCGUCUUCACCUUCGUGCCCAUCGUCUACGGCUGCAUCUUCGUCAUGGGUAUUGUGGGGAACAGCAUGGUGGUGGCCGUCAUCCACUGCUACAUGAAGCUCAAGACGGUGGCCAAUAUCCUGGUCCUCAAUCUGGCCAUAUCUGACCUCACCUUCCUCCUCACCCUGCCCCUGUGGGCCACCUUCACCGCCACCGGCUACUACUGGCCCUUUGGAACCUUUCUGUGCAAGGCCAGCGCAGGGCUGGUGAUCCUCAACCUGUACACCAGCAUCUUCUUCCUCACAGUGCUCAGCAUCGACCGGUACCUGGCCAUCGUGCACCCGGUGCAGUCGCGCCGCUUCCGCAGCAUCGCCUACGCCCGUAUCACCUGCGUGGUGGUCUGGGUUUUCGCCUUUGUGCUCAGCAUGCCCACGGCACUGACCAGGGACGUGUACCUCCUCUCGGGCCACAACAAAACCGUGUGCGGGCUCCUCCAGGAGAAGAUUGAGAAGGUCAAGAAGCUGAACGACCUUGUUUUGGCCAUCAAACUGAUGAAAAGUCUGCUGGGCUUCCUCAUUCCCUUCAUCAUCAUCAUCACCUGCUACUGCCUCAUCGGCCGGGCGCUGCUGGGGGCGAAGCGCAUCCAGAAGAGCUCGCGCUCCAGGGACGACGAGGUGCUGCGCAUGCUGGCUGCGACCGUCCUGGCCUUCUUCCUCUGCUGGACCCCCCAUCAAGUCUGUCACUUCAUGGACCUACUCCACCAGAUGAAGCCGUUGAAGCAAUGUGACAUCCUGGACAUGGUAGACACCGCCAUGCCCUUCACCAUCUGCAUCGCCUACUUCAACAGCUGCAUCAACCCCAUCGUGUACGGCUUCGUGGGACGCCAGUUUCGGAAGAACUUGCUGCGUCUGUUGCGUUCCUCGCCGCGCGGCGCUACCGGGCCUCACCCGAGCAUCAGCUCCAAGAUGAGCGCGCUCUCUUUCCGCGCCUCGGAAGCGCUGAGCCUUACGGCCAAGACUAAUGCCUCCGCUGAUGUGAAAUGAAAGAAAAAAUCAGAAAAAAGUGGGGGAGAGAAACGGGGUACAAUUUCACCCUCCCUGCUCUUUUGGUCUGUGGUCAAGAGGCUGCGGAUGGAGACAUUCCUCUCUUUUAAACCCAACUGUAUAACCAAGCACUGAAGCAUGCAGCACGGCCGAGAUGUUGCGUCCGUGCCCCUGUGUAGGACCUCUUUACACGGUGCUUAUUAAUAAACCAUCACACGUUACAUUGCAAUCAUGCCUGCCACAUUGAUGUUAGCUAAUCUCUCCCUCUAAGCCUGUGAAAUGAAUGUCAGUGUCCCAACAAAAUCCAUAAAUUAGCCAUUAUAGUAAAGUAUUAUCCUGCUGGAAAAUACAUAAUUACUGUUUGCUUAUCUCAAUACUUUUUUAUUUAAAAAAAAAAAAAAAAAGUGCAUGAUCUGCAGGAUUUUGUGAACGUUGUGCCUUAAUGAGACAGUGCAGUAAUAUAUUGUCCGGUGAUGGCUGUUCUGUGUGCUCAGCAGGUCUUUCACCAGUUGGAA